AGUGAGGUCCCAUGCCUGCCAGUGUUCCAGAGACAGUGCCCUCAAUAGUACACCUUAAAUUUUGGUUAGCCCUGAAGAGGUCAGGUGGUUGGACUCGGUGAUCUUUGCAGGUCCCUUCCCAUUGUUCUCUUCCCUUCACUCUGGAGGGCAAACGUUUGUCAGAAUUAAGUUAGGCACUUAAAAACUGAAAUAAUGUAAAAUGUGUAUUGGGUGCAUGUAUUUUUUAUUGCUUUUAACAUUUCUAAUGCAGAAAUUCAGGUUCCAUUUUCCCAGUAUCUGCCUGUAACUGAAGUUGGAACAUCCCCAAGUACAUAUAGCAUUUGUCAUAGCAGAUUUAAAUCAAUAAGCUGUCACUUUUACAGAAAUUAAGGCUGUGUUAGCCUUAAUACAUUAGUACUAUAAUUAUAAUCUGCAUUAUUUAGCAUUGUUAUGUAUUUACAGUGAAAACACUACUUCUUUUAUUUCAUGCAGUACAUUUUAAAAGUACUUCUCAGCUUGCAGUAUUAAUGUAAGCUAUGAACCAGCGGGCUGUUAAAUAGACCCAUAGCCCCUCACCUUCCAGCUGCACAGAGACUCCAGAACAACCUCGUCUGAACUUAUGAACAAGAACCUUAACUGAAAUUCACUAUUGUACAUAGUAGUUCUUUGGUGUCUGACACCAGAUGUAUCUUUCAGUAUCUGCAGCUUUGUGACAGCUCUUGAUUAGAGCAAGGUGGUUAAUAGUCAUGUGUUGAAUUGCAGAAUGCGUGGUUUUUAAAAUAAAGCCAAAACGAACACCUGGGGAUGGGAGGAAAAACAGCUAAAGCCCUGAGGUUGCCUCUGGUGCAAGAAAGAUGUAAAACAGACUAUGUGCUGCACCAGCGCCGCCAUGACAGGACAAACCCGUGCUGUGUAGCCAGGCCUGAGGGCCGCGUUCCCGCCACUGGGCAGGCUGAGGCUGAGGUGACAUGGGCAGCAUGGCGACGGGGGGCAGCCGUGGGGACCCCUUGGCCACGGAGCCGCUGCCCGAGCCCCAGCCUGAGCUGUCCCCUGUUGAUGGGCACUGGGGGGACCAGGAGCCAACAGCAGAGGUGGGCCGGGAAGGGGAAGGGGGGCUGGUGGGAGGAGGGGAGCGCUGGUGGAGUGCUGGUGCAGGCUGGGGCUCCUGAAAGCUCAGGACUAACACUCAGGGCAGGUGGGCUUUUCCGGUGUCUUAGUUCACAUGGACAUGUGGUGGGCACUCAGUGACUGAAGAAAGGCCUUCUCAGAAUACGUCUCACACAACUCGUGGUGGUCUCGGCUAAACAGUGCAGCCCUAGGGCCUUCAGCGCUGCUUCUCCAUGGGCCAGAAUCUCUGAAACACGUGAAGGUUUUUGAAAGAUUUGUGAGAGACUUCCUGGGAUUUAAAAAUAAAUCUUACUUUGCUUGAGAGAGAAAUUGGGAAAAAUAAACAAAAGAAAACGACUCAGCCCUUUCUCUCCAAAGAAUGAGAGAAAAAAUGGAGAGAAAUCCAUCAGCCUUUCUUUCUCCACCAGGCAGUGGCCUUCCCAAGCAGCUGCAGCCCAGUGCUGGAGCAGGACAUGGCCUCUCUCUGCAGAGCUCUGCUUGCUGCAUCAUGCUCCCCGGUUUGGGCACAGCUGCCCUAAGGAUUUCCAGGAUAAGUUUUCCUAAACUUUGCUCUGUUUGCUUACAGAUUCAAUUUAAAAUUCUAAGAGGGCACAGUGAUACUGUGAGCUCCUGCCAUUUUUGCUGUGAAGACUCAAAAAUACUCUCAUGCUCUUAUGACAGAACAGUGAAGCUCUGGGAUGUUGCCAAAGGAUUUCCUGUUCAAAUUUUUGAAGAACACACAGCCCCAGUUUCUGAAUGCAACUUGAGUCCUGAUGACAGAAGAGUGGUAACAUCGUCCUAUGAUAACACUGUCAAGACUUGGGAUAUGGAAACAGGAAAAGUGCUUUGGACAAUAGAACAUGAAGGCAUCGUAACUUCAUGUAAUAUUUCCUGUGAUGGCAAAUAUGUGGUAUCUGGCUCAGACAAAGGCAAUGCCAUAUCUGUUUUUGAUGCAGUAAGUGCAACAGAGGUGGCACAUGUCCAAGGUCAUCAUAGGAGUACAAUCACAAGAUGCUGUUUUGAUCCUGAUAACCAGAGAGUGACUUCAGUAUCAUACGAUAAGACUAUAAAGCUGUGGGAUAUGGUAGCUCGAUCCACCUCAGUUACAAUUAAAGAGGGACACAGCAAUGCUAUCUCAGAUUGCUGCUUUACAUCUGAUGGUCGUUACUUGUGCACAGCAUCCUGGGACAAGAGCUUAAAAAUAUGGGAUAUAAAGACAGGAGAAUUUCGGAGUCGUGGACCUGUUACCUUGAACCAAGGACACGAGGGUUCUGUUAGUUCCUGUUGUUUUAGCCAAGAUGCAUCACUUGUAGUGUCUGGUGGAUAUGACAAAGCUGUAGCCAUAUGGGAAACAGAUGCAGGAUAUAAGAAGUUAAGCUUAAAGGGCCAUUGGGACUGGGUGACAGAUGUUGCAAUUAGUGAAAACCAGAAGUGGAUUCUUUCAGCCUCAAAGGAUUCUACUCUGAGACUAUGGAAUAUUGAAAAGAUGGAUCACAUACCUUCAGUGAUAGAAAGCAGAAAAGAAAAAGGCUCAAAAAUUGCUCAGUGUGAAGAAUGUGAAAGACCUUUCUUAAGCCUGCAGCAUGGUGACUGUGAAGUGAUAUCCAAGUGUGUAUUCUGUCGUCUGUCUUCUCCUGCAAGAAAUAUUUUGCCAUUGCCACCUUCCAUCUCUCCUGAUCUUUAAAGUUAUCUGGCAGUCUUUGGAUGUUAACAUAUAUAAACAGUUCUUCUUUGCUAUGGCGCGUACAGAAUCUUUGCUUUCAGAGGACAUCAGAAAGAGUUUUGUGAGUAAAACGAUGAAUCAGACCAUGAACUUGUUUUCCCAUUCAUUGCCAUACUCCUACAAAACUGCAGUGCAAUAAAUUCCAGCCAUGAGAAUAAGGUGUAGUUCAAGUCUGAUGUGAUUCAACACAAACCAGCUCUGUCUGAUAAGGGCUCCACCCAGCAAGGAGCACAUUAUUCUUAAGAGCAACCUAAGAAUUAUAUCAGUUUAGUGUAUGUGUGAAUA